CGCCGCAGUGCGAUACGGUCGAUAGAAGAAAGACGACAGUUAAGAGUGAUUUCAGCUGCCGCAGCAUCGCCAUUCCAUAAUUUUCCCUUGAAUCGACACUCGACACGCGUAUCCCACCCCUUUUCGAGGGUGUCCACGCUUCAUUUCGCUUCGGGAUGCCGUACGUGCGGCAUCAUGAUGCGGCUACGAUUCGAUAAGAGUUUUACGAAUGUGGCGAGUUACAAACAUCCGAUCGUUUCGUCGGAUAACAUCCAGAAGUUAUCACGAUCACGAGGGCGCCGGAAGUAGAGAGGAGGGAAGAGGAAGCGUGCCGAUUCCGCGUUUCAAGAACGUAUUCGUGUGCCACGAGUGAACUAAAACUGUUUCGUUCGGCCUCGUGGUCGAGCCGUGACAUUGGACUUUCUUGGAAUCUGUUUACACGCGUGUCACCGCAAAAAUCGUGGAAUCCUCGACCUUUGUGCUCCUGUCUAUCGAUCACUGUCGGUGGAUCGCAACUGUGAAUUAUACAACUGACUGAGGAUUUAAUUCGAUUCGUAACAAUCGAUGAAUCAAUUGCAUUGCAUUGAUUGUGAUCAGUGGAUUGGUUUUAAAUUGAGUUAAGAACGAUUUUUUUUUUAUUAUAAUUGUGAUGAUACAGUUAUGUAUUAAUUGAACUUAUUGCCUGUAAUUAAUUAGGAGUUGAGAAAAGUGAUUAAUUAUUCCGAAUUAUAAUUUUUAUAAUUUUAUAUAUUAUAAUUUAUAAUUUUCAAUUAUAAUUUUCCAUUUAUUAGUGAAGUUUUGUGAAAAUUUGAGAAAUUAAUUAUCACGAGUAAUCAAGUGUUAGCAUGACAAAAUUCUCGAAGUGAUUAUUUCUCGUCUGCUGUAUCGUUUAUUAUUAAUCGAUACUUCUUGCAAUUCUCGAAGGAUCUUCAAUCUAAAAAUAGAAUUAUUUUUAUAUAAAAUUUAAACUCUUUGAAAAAUUAUUUAUUAGUGAACUUUUAGUGUAAAAAUUAUAUACGUGGUUAAAAAGCAUCUUCCUUAAUGUAUAUGACUAUAUCCCACAAAUUCAUUUAAAUCAUUGCAAUCGUCAACGUAAAAAACAGGGUUUCUCUCAAAAAACUAUUUACCAAUGAACUUCCAGGGAAAAAAUCCCAGAAAAUCACAAUCAUAUACAUGACCAAGAAAAACUUUCAUAACCUCAACGUAACUAUACAUCUGUUAUCUCUUCCAUCCUAUUAAUCGAUCCAUAUUGUUAUUCUCAAAGGAUCUAUAUUCUCAAUAAUAAGUUUUCUCUUAAAAAAAAAUUCAAAAGAUUAUCCAGUGAAGAUCCAGUGAAAAAUUCGAAAAGAAAUAAGAAGAAAUAAUCGUGAGAAACAAGAGAAUCUUCUCCUUCAAUAUGGCUACUUCUCAUUCAAAUUAUCUCUUCCAUUCUGUUAACCGAUCCACGUCACGAUUUUAGACGAUUCGUCUGCUGAGAGUGGGCGUUCUGGCGCCAGAGGGUUGCUAAUCGAUUCCAGCCUCCUCUCAAAGAUGUUUCUAACGUUUCGAGUUUUUACGUGAUAGUCACGUGGUAAUCGUGGAGGGUCCGUGGUCGAUCGAAAAGGGGACGCAAGCAUUGCAAGCCAAGGGGACUUUUCCCACUGGCUCUCAACACUGUAGCAGAAAAUCGAUCCGACGUGGCAGCCACCCUAUUGCAACCACCCAUCACAGUGCAAUGACCUCGAAACCAGGAAGGUCCUACAGCGUGAGAUCCCCCCGAGUCGGAGGGCCCCUCUCGCAGUCGUUAGCGAUGAUUCCGCCAACGAUGCACGGUCAUGAAUUCAAUCAACCCCUGUCGAGGGUGGUUAUGGUCCGUAAAACGGAUCAAAGGACCUUCAGUAAGGGUAGGAGGGGCGGGGAGCCUCUGCUGGAAACGGUUACCAGGGAGACCGUCGAACUUUUCAACGGGGGUCGCGCCGAGAGGAAAUAUACGUCCGAGACGAGAGACAUCGUCACGCCCAAAUCGAACAGGUCGAGGACGGAUUCCGUGAGAUCCAAGUCCCCUUUGACAGCGUCGCCGGCAUCUCCAGGGCCGUUGUCGAAUUCCUUGCACGGCAGUUUUCACGGAAGUUUAGGAAGCGAUGGCAUGUCUUGCAGCAGUGCCAGAUCAUCCUCGGCGUCUCCUGAUUCUGCAAGAUACACAUCCACACCGAUAACAAAAACUGACACACGUAAACCAUCUGUGCGCAGAUUGGGUCCUCCUAAGGAAUUUAUCAACAUUUGCCUUGAAACGCACAAUUUUUAUCGCGCGAGGCAUGGAGUGCCACCUCUUCGUCUCAACAAGCAGUUAUGUAAAACGAGUCAGGAUUGGGCUAAUAUACUGGCAACUAGAGGUAGAUUAGAGCAUAGGGCAAAUACAGAUUACGGUGAAAAUUUGUAUUGUAUGUGGAGUUCUAAUCCGAAGACUAUUGUACACGGUGAUGAGCCUGUAAACGAAUGGUAUGCCGAAGAAGGGCAACAUCAAUACGGAAAAGAACCAACCACUCUAAAAACUGGCCAUUUUACUCAAGUUGUAUGGAAAGACAGUACCGAGUUGGGUGUUGGAAUGGCCAGAAAUCGAAAUGGUGAAGUAUACGUCGUCUGUAAUUAUAAUCCGGCUGGAAAUUUCCUGGGCAGUUUCACGGAGAACGUUCUACCUCUCGGUGUGAAACCUAUAAAAAAAACUUUGCUAGAAACUCUGCCAUAUUACACAUUAGACGAACAAGCAUGGCAACAAGAGGCUUUAAUCGUUCACAAUGAAUAUAGGAGAAAACAUCGUGUUUCAGAUUUGAGGUUAAGCAUAGAAUUAACAUCUGCUGCUAAGGCGUGGGCGAACACGUUACUGAACACGAACAAGCUGAUUCCUCAGACGUCGUCUCCGUACGGAGAGAAUAUCUACUCGAUGCAGUGUUCCGAUCCAAAGGUGAUCGUAUCGCCGCGGGAAGUCGUUUCGAAGUGGUAUGCCGAGAAGAAGGAUCAUAAAUAUGGCAUAGAGCCAAAGGUUUUAAAUACAUGCCAUUUUACACAGAUUGUCUGGAAAAAUACAACCGAGAUGGGUAUAGCAAUAGCCAAAAAGGAUGGAACCUGCGUAGUAGUUGCAUGUUACCAUCCGAGGGGUAACAUUGUUGGACAAUUCACGGAGAACGUGUUGAAGCCUAUAAAGCUGUAGUUAGAUGGAUCUAUCUACAUUUGUCGAUAUUGUAUUUAAACGCUGUAUUUAUAACUAUCGUGCAUAGCGAGAAGACAAUAUACAUAAUAUAUGUAAAUAUAAGAACGCAGAUGUGCAUACACGUAGAAUAAAAGAAAACAUUCCAUGUACUACGCGUAAUCAAGACAUUUCGUCUGUUUUAUUAAUUGUCGAUAUCGCAAUUGCAUUGUGUUGCAACUCAUUACUCUAGUAAUGAUAAUUAAAAAACAUGUAUGUAUGAUGAUAAUGUUUGAGGAUCGACUUUCUUUUUGAAAAUAUGAUUAAUUUUAUUCUUAUUUUGUAAAGGAAGAUAAAUUUUGACUUAAAGAUUUUUUUUUUUAUUUAAAUGUAAAAUUUUUUUACUAAGAUAAAAAUUUUUCUACAGGGCAGAAACAUUCAUUUGGUGCAAUGAUAGUUUCUUAUUUCCUGACAUAAAUGCUUUUACUAUUUUUAUUGCUUUUUUUUUAAAUAAUUAAGUAUAGAUUUUUUGUUUGUUGAAACAUCGGUAAUCAAAAGAUGGAUUACUAAUGAGAUAAUGAUGCUAAUUUCUUACUAUAAUUUCUUACAAAUAAGUAUAGCGUUAAUAAAAAAAAAAAAUUGUCAGUGACUGACCGUUCCUUCACUAUUUACCUCAAAACCAUGAAGUGAGAUACAAUUGUAAUUUUUCUGACAAUACAGCUACGGGUAGAAUCUAUGUAAUAUCGAAUCUAGAAUUCUUGUCAUUUAAAAAUACAUAUUCGUUAUGUAAUAUUUUCUUUCUAUUUUAAACAAAAUAAAUUAUUCAAGAAUUAUUAUA